UUAGGCAAGCUACACCCGAAUUUCAUCCUUUAAAAGACUGCUAUUUCGCAGAAGAAGAAGCAUAAGUUUUUUUCAUGAACCCUAAGCUUCCGCAUUAAACCCUACCGUAAAGAAACCUAUUUUCUUGAAAAGGGAAAGUUGCGCGGAGAUGGGAGACGAAGGAGCAUUGGACGCAGUGAUUUUGGGCGCCUCAGGAUUCGCAGCAAAAUACAUUUUGAGAGAAUUUAUGAGGCAUCUGGAGCGGCUGGAGGGGCAAGGGCGAAGAAGAAUCGGCAUAGCAGGGCGCAACCGAGAGAAAUUAGCGGAGGCGCUGCGAUGGGCGGCACAAGGGGCGCUGCAGAUGCCGCCCUUAAUCCCCAUAAUAGAAGCAGAUGUCACGGAUUCGGCAUCCAUGGCGGCUCUGUGCAAGAGAACACGGUUAAUUGUGAACUGUGUUGGGCCCUUCCGUCUCUACGGUGAGCCUGUGGUGGCUGCCUGCGUGGAAGCAGGCAUUGAUUACCUGGACAUCACGGGCGAGGCAAAAUUCAUGGAAAUGAUGGAGGAGCACUACCAUAGCUCGGCCCUUCUCACCGGAUCUCUCGUCGUUUCCGCCUGUGCCUAUGAUUAUGUUCCCGCCGACCUCGGUGUCAUAUUUCAUAGCAGGCAGUGGAAGCCGCCGUCCGUGCCUCAUAGCGUGUAUGCGUAUGUGGUUUUGGAGUCUGAGAAGCGAGUUGUGCUGAAUGUUACCACUUUUGAGUCUGCUGUGGUUGCCAUCGCUCGCGCGGAGGAGGAUCAAAAGCUUAGGACAUACGGGCCCCUGCGGGUACCCGGCCUUCCUGCACCGAAAUCUAAGAUAGUUGAACACCAAAAAUCAAUUGGACUAUGGGCACUGACGUCACCCACAGGAGAUGCAGAUGUUGCUCGAAGAACACAAGCCUUGUUAUUAGAGAAUCCAUAUGGUUGGCCUGGUGUGAAUGAGAACUCUGCCGCAGUGGAGAAGAGGAGGAAAUCCUGGUCAGAGGUGAAGCCUGUUUAUGUUGACGUUUUCAUAGGUUAUAAACGUUUCUGGAUUGUACUUGUUACAAUUUGUAUGGGGUUGAUAGUGUUCCUACUAGGCCAAUUUAGGUGGGGACGCUCGCUUCUUCUCAAAUACCCCGGAAUUUUCACUUUUGGGCUAUUCAGGAAGACGGGCCCCACAGAAGAGGAGAUCAAAAGUGCUUCAUUCAAGUAUUGGUUUGUAGGUCAUGGCUAUAGUGAUAAGAGUCGUCUUCUGCAGCAAGGAUCAAAGCCAGAUAUGGAAGUGGUGACCAGAAUUUCAGGGCCUGAGGUAGGUUAUGCAACAACUCCCAUCAUUCUUGUUCAGUGUGCUCUCAUUGUGAUGGAUCAACGCCAAACUUUACCAAAGGGAGGGGUUUUCCCACCAGGAAUUGUGUUUGGUUCUACAGAUCUGCAAGAACGCCUAGAAAAAAAUGGCAUAUUGUUUGAACUUAUCAGCAAAAAGACUACAUCUAUAUCAAAAAGGACCUAAAUAUUGAAAUGUCUC